AUGUGGAAGUGGAUAUCUGUAAUAUUUUGUAUUAUUAUCUACAUCCAAUGUGUUAAAUUUGGAGUUGAUAAUAGUUAUACCUGUCACUGUAUUAAUGAUGAACAAUGUGAUAAAGAAACUGGUGAGUGUGGUGGAGGUUGUGCUGCAGGGUGGUCAGGACCUACUUGUCAAAAACCUAGCUGGUCCUUAUCAUCAUUGAAUGGAUUUUCGAUACAUGUAAACAGAGAGAAUGAAGAACCAGAACUAUGUUAUAAAGAUGAUAUUAUACGUUACACUACACCAGCAGUAAAUAAUAUAGAGUGUAGUCAGGUUAUAACUGGUCGUUAUGUAAAUAUCAGUAAUUUUCAUACAAGUAGAAAUGCCAGAUUUUUAGACUUAUGUGAAGUUGAGAUUUAUGAAUGCGAUAAUGGAACAUAUGGCCAGGACUGUCAGUACAACUGUUCAGCGAGAUUCUGUCAAUCAAGCGAUUUGUGUAGUAAUUUGGAUGGAGCUUGUGUCUGUUUAGAUACAUAUCAGGGAAUAGAUUGUACUGUUGAAAAAGGGGCUGUAAGUUCGGGAAAAGGUGUUCCAGAAAAUCCUGAAGAUUCAGUCACAAUCAUAAUAGCAGCCGUUGUUUCUGUUUGUGUUCUACUCAUCAUUAUUGUUGUUUGUGUUGUACUGAUUAUCCGGAGAAGACGUGCACCACCUCCUGUUGACGACGAAACAUCUGACAAGUCUGUUACAAGAAACAUGGCUGUUGUAAAACAACAAGCACAAGGUCCAAUAUAUGAAAACUCCGAUGUAAUAAGAGAAGGUUCUGUAGCACGAGUAACAGUCGAACCAGAGCGGAAUGUUUACCAGAAUGAACAACCUGAAGCUGAAGCCGAACUGGAGAAUGAAGCUGAGCCUUCAACCGAGACGGAAGAAGAUGAUAUCAGUCCCUACAUUUUGCCUGAUAAAUCCGAUUAUAAUCUGGCAGAAUUGGAAGAGUUUGUGAAAAAGACUAAGCCGAACGAUGGAUUUGAUCCGUUUUAUAAGGGAUUGCCAAAUACCUUCACUUCUAGUUAUGAUAUCUCACAAUUACCAGAAAACCGCAAAAAGAACAGAUUCAAAGGGUAUUAUCCAUAUGAUGCUACAAGGGUAGUACUGAAUAAAGUAGACGAUGAUCCACGUUCAGAUUAUAUAAACGCCAACUUUUUAAACGGUUAUGAUGGAAAAACAUUUAUUGCUGCUCAAGGCGCAACACGAGUAAAUCUGAAUGAUUUCGUAAGAAUGAUCUGGGAUAUGAAAUGUGAUAAGGUUGUCAUGGUUACCAGAGAAUUUGAAGAUCGAAAGAGAAAAUGUGAACGGUACUGGCCAUCGCAAGUAGGAUCCUCGGAGACGUUUGGUGUAAUCAAGCUUACAUUAAUAGAGGAGAUUUACAGAGAGAAUUAUACUAAACGAGAUAUUAUAAUGGAAAGG